AUGGUUCAGGAGAAGCAGAGCUGGCUUAAGAACGUGUUUGACUCUGAAUACUUUGCGUUUUGGAUGGCACUCACGUGCUUGGCAAGAUACAAGGAGAGAUCAAUACACCAAUACAUGUGCUACAACAUUCUCAAAACAAGAAAGAAAGAAGCCAUUACUUACUAUCCCCAGCUUUUCCAUCUUAUGCUCGUAGAGGAUGGAAGUCUGUGGAACAGGCCUAUCUUCAGAAUGCUUCACAAGAUAUCCAAGACAGACAGACACUUUGCCACCAUUCUGUCGAUGUACUCUGUCUCUGUGGCUGAUUCUUUUCCUUCUUCCCACGAGAGAUACAGAAUAUGCAUGGAUUUUUCAGAGUCAAUAAUCAUCCACGGAGCACUCCCUGGAAAAAAGAUAAAAGAGUACAAGAUAAAGAGCACUUUGUACACGCAGUAUCUCCGAAUGACGUACGGAUCCAAAGUAGGGCUGUCUCCCAGCACCGAGCACAUGCUGCACCAGCAAAAACAGUUCUACUCUUUGCCCGUUAAAAAAGAGAAAAAAAAGAAAGAAACAAGAAAAGUAUCGAUAAAGGCAGCGAUUGCUGCUCUGCUUUCAGGGCUGGCAGCAGUUACAGAUGCAGUGCAGCACGAGUUUCUUUUGGACACAGCCGAGACGAACAUGGCAUACGGUAAGAGACGCGUCCAGUACAAGAACGAAGCAGAAAGAUCACUAGCUAGGUUAUCUAGAGAGUCAAAAGAGGCAAAUUUCAUCAGCAAAUUAAACACCAUUUCCAACUCGCUGAUACCGAUAGCCAAGGGAAUGAGGGAGCAGGCCCUGAUUACAGAGCUGAACCUGAUGAAUUUGUAUCUGCCCGAGCCAAUAUGCAUGGCGAUUCUGUGCGAUGGAGUUUCUCACAGGAGCAUUCUUACGCUUUCGGUAGAGCUAUCAAAGACUCUCGACUCUGCCACACGCGCGCCUUUUAUGCUGGUCUAUGAGUCUGCGCAGGAAGAGGGAAACAAAAUUGUCCGAUCAAUUGAGCAAAAUAAAUCGCCGAUGCUUUUCAAAGAGGUGGAAAACGAAAGCACAGACGGAAAACAGGAAACAAAAGAAAGGAUCUUCAAAACAGCCAUUCGAAUACUCAGCGGGCUGAAGGAGCUGGACAACAGUGCGCACGUGGAUCUGGACAUUCUUGCAAUAAAAACAAGAGUGAUCCGAAAAAUAUACAACAUGCACACUCCGCAGUACAUUACCACAAAAGGAAAUAAAAUAGAAGAGUGGGAAGAUGCAGAAAAAGAAGCUCGAAGGAAGUCGCCGUACAAAGAGAUGGAUGGAUGGGCGCUAAAUUCAAUAAUAGUCAAAACAGGGUCAGAUAUGAAACAGGAGCAGCUUACUUCGCAGAUACUUCGGAUAAUAGAGAGCAUAUGGAAGAACGAUGGAAUAGAUUUAUUAUUAAACCCGUACAAAACACUCGUCACGGGAAGAGACUCGGGAAUAAUAGAAACAAUUCUCGGAGCAAAGUCCAUCCACCAAAUAAAAAAACAGAUAAAGGAAAAAGGCCCGGGGUACAGCCAGAGCAUCAUGGAGUACUACAAAGACACAUGGGGGAGUGACUUAGAGAGUGCUCGAGAGCUGUUUUUUAGAAGCCUUGUUGGGUAUUCUCUUGUUUCGUAUAUCCUGCAGAUAAAAGACAGACACAAUGGAAACAUUUUGAUAGGCAGCAAAGGAGAGCUGUUUCACAUAGACUUUGGCUUUGUUCUGGGCACGCAUCCAGGGUUUUACUCUGUCGAGUCGGCUCCGUUCAAGUUCUCUGUGGAGUAUGCAGAGAUAGCAGGAAAAGAGAGGAUGAGCCGAUUUAAAGAAGAGUUUUUAAAGGGGUUUCUGUCUCUUCGCAAGAACAUGGACCACAUCAUAAUUCUGGUAGAAAGCGUAUCGAAGUCGGGAGGAAUAUUAACGAUAAGCCAAGCAUCUGUGCACUCUCUCAGGGAAAGGUUCGAGCCUGGGCUGACUGUGGAAGAGUUCUCCGAGCACGUAUCAGAAAUAGUUGACAGAGGCAUGAAGAAUGUGUUUACAGACAUAUACGACUCGCUGCAGUACUAUACGCAGGGAUACUGCAAAUAG